AUGUCUCUUCGCACGGUUGUCGAAGUGCUGCUGCCGCUCGCAGGGCUCCUCGUCGGCCACGCCCGCGCGGCGCAAGAACCUCUCACCGGCGAGGAACGCGGCGCAUGCCCUAAUUAUGAGCAAUACGCUACUCAUCCCCAUAAACCCCUAAGCGAAGGGCCCCUUGGUCUUCCUUACCAACGACCCGACCCACGAUGCCGUACCUUUCAUUCCGAGGCGAUCGAGAAGGUCAUCAAGGAUGUCACAUCCCGGAUGAAGGACCCUGACCUGGCCAGGCUCUUCGAGAACGCAUUCCCCUCGACAACCGACACAACCAUCAAGUUCCACACGGACGGGACGGACACUAGAUUUGUCGACCUGAACGGCCGCAGUCUGCGCGACGAGGGCAAGUGGGAGGGCCCGCAGUCUUUCGUCAUCACGGGAGACAUCAUAGCCGAGUGGCUGCGCGACAGCACAAACCAGUUGUCUCCUUACCAGGCGCUGGCAAAGAAGGAUCCGGCCAUCUUCAAGCUGAUCCUCGGCGCCAUCAACACACAGUCCGAGUAUGUCAUCGAGUCGCCGUACUGCAACGCCUUCCAGCCGCCGCCGAUCGCGGACCUGCAGCCGAGUCAUAACGGGCAAGAUGAUACCGUACAUCCCAUCUACGAGCCCUCGUUCGUGUUUGAAUGCAAGUACGAACUGGACUCUCUUGCGCACUUUCUGGCUUUGGGCAACGACUUUUACGAGCACACCGAUUCGAAGGAUUUCCUCACGCCGAGAUGGUACCUUGCGCUCGAGACCCUGCUCGAUGUUCUGGAGCAGCAGUCCCGCUCGACUUUUGAUCCCGAGACUGGCCGCUACCAGAAGAAUGAGUACACCUUCCAGCGUAAGACGGACGCCGGCACCGAGACCUUGAACCUGAAGGGCAUCGGCAACCCAUUGAACAAUGGCACCGGCCUAGUGAGGUCCGCUUUCCGCCCCAGUGACGAUGCUACCAUUCUGGGCUUCUUUAUCCCGGCCAACGCCAUGAUGGCUGUAGAGUUGAAGCGUACAGCUGAAAUCCUGAAAGCUGCCGGUAAAGGCGUCCUGGCGCAGACUGUGGAUAAGUGGAGCCAGACCAUCACGGAUGGUAUCUGGGAACACGGCGUUGUAAAACACAAGAAGUACGGCGACGUCUUUGCGUAUGAGGUGGAUGGCUAUGGCUCGUCUAUCAUGAUGGAUGAUGCCAACUACCCGUCCCUCCUCGCGUUGCCCCUAAUGGGCUUCCUGCCGCCCGAGGACAGGACGUACCAAAACACGAGAAGGAUGCUUUUGGAGAAGACUGGGAACCCAUACUACCUCGAUGGCCGGGCUUUCCACGGUAUUGGAGGACCUCAUAUUGGUCUGUCCAAUGCUUGGCCCAUGAGCUUGUUGAUCCAGGCGCAAACAUCCGAGAACGAUGCUGAGAUCACGGAAUGCCUGGACCUCGUCCUGCGCUCCGCCCGUUUGGGAUUGGUUCAUGAGAGUGUCGACGUUAACCACAUCACUUCUUACACCAGAAGCUGGUUUGCAUGGGCCAACGGUGUUUUUGCUGAAACAAUCUUGGACAUUGCGAAACGGAAGCCUCAUUUGAUCUUCACUGACGCGAAGCCUUACCACGUUUGA